AUGGAUCAAGAAGGAUUAUUUCGGCGAGAGGGCAAUGCCAGCCGCCUGAAUCAGAAUAAUUGGGCUGUCUAUAUGGGUUCUGCUCCAAUUCCGGCCAAUUUCUCAGUUCACGACGUGUGUUCGAUGGUAAAGCGCUUCUUUCGAGAUCUAAAAGAGCCGCUAUUAUCAGGAGCUGGCUUGCGGGACAGACUCUUCGAUUUAGUGAAGAAAAACCAAUCUGCACCUGUAACAAGGAAAGAGUUUGCUGCCAUAUUCGAGCCUGAAGUAAAUCCUGCUAAGAAGAACGUAAUGUUUUGCUUAUCUCGAGCACAUUUAGGAACUCUUGGAUAUCUUAUGAGACAACUACAUCGGAUAUCGCACAAUUCUUGUAAACACCAAAUGACCUCGCACAACCUUGCUACCGUAUUCGCCCCAACCUUAUUUCGGGACGAAAUCUCGAACAAGGCCAAGCGGAAGGAACGGCGAGGAUCUCAGAAAAAAGGACCUUGUAGGGUCCCAUUCAAUAUCGUUGCUUUAUACCUCUUCACUGGUUAUGCGAUUGUUACGCCGAGAAAGUAA